AUGUUAUUUUUCAGGGUUAUAUUCGAUCUACAUGUAUUGUACAGCCAAGGUCUCUGUUCGCCUCGAACUGUUACUUUGUCAACAGGACAAGAUAUUGGUACGCAUGGUUUGGUUCCAGAGCAGAAGGAAAGCUAUCUAUUUACCAUAGAUACCAAGGAGUCAGCUCUCAACUACCAGCAGAAUCGCGUGGAAGGGUUGGAAAAUUUGGUAAAAAGGUACUGUAAACAAGAGAAAACCUCCACAUUACCUGCAGCCAGCUCUAACACCAACUGUAAGGACCAGGAUUCACAAACCUAUCAACAACCCCUGAGUAGUGCUGAAACAUCUGUCUGUCUACCAGAGAUCACUAUUGAGAACAUUCAACACUCCACAGAUCUUAUGAUGUUCUGCACAGGCCUUCCAGACUUUCAAACAUAUGAUGCCCUAUUUAGUUCAUUAAUUGACCAAGGUGCAGAUAAGUUGUCAACCGAGAUAACCGGCAGCAUGAAUGAAAAUAAAUUGGGUCGUAAAAGGAAGUUAAGGCCCAUAGAUGAGUUUUUGUUGGUAAUGAUGAGGCUAAGAUUGGGACUUCUUGUGAAGGAUUUGGAGUAUAGAUUUAAAAUUUCUUCAAGUGGUGUGUCAAAGAUUUUCAAUGCAUGGAUUCUUUUUAUGUUUGAAUGUAUGCAAUCACUUGUUUUCAUGCCAAAGCUUGAAGUACUUCAAUUAAAUGUUCCUAAAUGCUUUGAAAAAUUCUCAGACACAAGGGUGGUACUUGAUUGCACUGAAAUAUUUAUUCAGAGUCCAUCAUCAUUAGAAAACAAAGCUCUCACAUUUUCUAAUUACAAGUCACAUAACACUUUCAAAGCAUUGAUUGGUGUGAGCAUGACUGGAGCUGUUGUAUUAGUGUCAAGAUUAUGGCCUGGCUCUACCUCAGAUGUUGAAAUUACUAGAAGCAGUGGUUUAUUUGAACAACUUGAAAAAGGUGAUGCUGUAAUGGUUGAUAAAGGUUUUGUUCAUAUUCAUACAGAUCUGAAACCAAUGGGUGUUAAACUUUAUUGCCCUCCUUUUAAGUCUAAAUGCCAGUUCAGCAAAACUGAAGUUGAGACAACCCGCAGGAUUGCAUCAGCUAGGAUACACGUGGAGAGGAAAAUGGAGCAAAUAAAAAACUUUCGCAUACUUCAAGGCAUAAUGCCCUUGGCUAUAAGUGACUUUGCAGAUCAAAUAUUCUUUGUUUGUUCAGCACUUACAAACAUGCUACCCCCACUAGUGUCAAAGUGA